AUGUCACCAAGUCCACUUGUUGCCAGCCAAAAGGUCCUUGAUCUUCUGAAAAGGCUCCACGCCGCCUCCCUAAGUCAAGAACGCAGUUAUUCGUUCCGCUUCUGGAGGUUGACUAGAAAGCUCCGGACUUUGCUCCUCAAAACAUCAUGGAUGACUCAGGAUGACGAUUUUACAAGGGAUAAAUUCGUCGCCCUGGAGGCUGUCAAAAGCGAGUUUCUGUAUCUCAUGGCCCGAUCCACGGGUGCAACAACUAUAGUCGAGGCCGGGACUAGCUUCGGCGUUUCUACCAUUUACUUGGCUUUGGCCGCGGGACAGAAUGCGGCUUCACAAUCUGCUUCUCCCAUUACACCUGGACAGGGUGGUAAGGUAAUUGCCACGGAGAGGGAGCCAGAGAAGGCGAAGAGGGCACGGGAACACUGGAAGGAAGCCGGGGAUGAGGUUGAGCCGUGGAUAACACUCUUGGAAGGGGAUUUGAAAGAGACCCUCGCCAUGGAGAUAGAUAAGGUGGACACAAUCGAUCUCCUGCUUCUUGAUAUUUGGGCACCCCUUGCGCUGUCCGUCCUGAAGAUUGUCCAGCCGAAACUUCGACAUGGAGCACUCAUCAUAGCAGAUAAUACGGCAGGUUUUCGGCCUGCCUAUAAGGACUUUUUUGACUACUCGCAUGAUCCGAAGAAUGGAUUCAAGUCAAUGACUAUCCCAUUCCACGGAGGACUCGAGGUGAUGGUAUACCUCCCAACAGCCUGA